GUCGCGCAGUUUACGUGACAUCCGGACAUUUGGUGUAUAUUACGUCUCCUAAUCCAAGAUGGCUGCUGCAGUAUUUUUGCGAUCAUCCAGAGCUUUUAUGCUUGGUCCCAGGGCAAUGACCCGGACAUUCAUCAAGCCUAGACAUACUCUAGGUCACCCGGCUUUGUUAACUACAACUAUUCACACUUCACCACAACAUGACCAACAAAUUCAAACAAGCGGUUUUCUGGCAUCAUCUCACUGGAAUGCCGAGAGAGUACUGGCUACUGGUUUGCUUCUUGCUUUCCCCACCGCGUUCAUUACACAAUGUCCAGCGUUAGACUACGUCUUGGCAGCUGGAGUCACUCUACAUGGGCAUUGGGGUCUACAACAGAUAGUAACAGAUUACGUCCAUGGCGACAUGAUACCAAAAGUAGCGCAUGCAUCCCUCUACGGUUUAUCAAUCGCAGCAUUCGCUGGUCUUUGUUACUUCAACUACAAUGAUGUGGGGAUCGUUAAGGGUAUUCUUGAGUUGUGGAAGUUGUAACUCAAAUAACACUGUAAUUUCAUAGCAUUUGUAAAUUAGUUUGGAAAUCAGUACUGUUUUAUUUUUGUUUGCUUUACACGGCUUGUAUCAUUCACCUGAUUUUUCGAGGAAAUACAAAAAAUCAAAUUCCCAGAAUGCAAUUUUGAAUAUGGCAACUGUUUGAAACAAAUCAAACUCCAAAAAUGCAGUUCCAAUACUGCUAUUUACCAACAAUGUUGUCAACUGUAGAUCUUAAUCCAGUAUUAAAUGCAUAUGUGCUCAGUCAAAAAAAAAUGUUUUUCUAUUGAAAAUGUUUUGCACUUUUACGAAAACUUAUCUUACACUUGCUAGUCAGAUCUUUUAUACAUGUAUUAAAAUUAUGGGCAGUUGUGAUCGUAGAGUUGCAUAAUUAAUUUGGGAAACAGAAACUACCUGAAGCUGGAGCCAAAUAAGUUAAAAAUCUCCAACCAUCUUUUGUAUUGUCACAGUGGAAAUUGUCUGAACUGAAACUGGGAAGAUACAAUUUCUUGAAGUUUCGGCACUGGAAAAAUCAUGUAAAUUAUAAUGAGCAAAAUAUUCAGUGUCUAGGCUACCUCACAAUUAGUGUCCACCAUUGUUUUCUGAAAAAGUCUCGUCACCAAUUUUAGAAUCUGCUGGUUUAUUCAGAGGAGGCAGUCAUAUUUUCUGUGUAACAGCAAUAAGAAGCUAGAAAGUCCAAAACGAGAUUAAUAUUUUAAUGCGCAAUUUCAGUUCCCUGGGUACCAUGUGUUUAUUUCAUAUGCAAAAUACGGUGGAGAUAUGAUUCACUUUAUUAUUUCAGUAUGGUACUGACAAGAAAAGUAACAUCUAUGUAUGUGCUGCCGGACAAUUCUGACGGGAUUAUUUACGGUAGUAUAUUCUGCAAAGUUGGUUCUAAAUGCAACAACCUUCAUGUGCCCUUUAUAGCGUAGUAACAGAACUUUUUUUCCAGCAGUACAGAAAGCAAUGCAUGACAGUGGUGGUUUUCAUUAUUUAUAGACAAACUCUGCACUCUUACCUUUUAUUCAAUGAAAAAACUUUCUCUGCUUGUUUUUCCAAUGAAAAUGAUUCAAGUGAUUAUAUAUAGUUCAAUGUAGAUGUAAAGAUUGAGUCAAAAUUAGGACAUGAGGAAAUUGUUAUUGCUGAACUUCGACUUUGCUUUGGAGUUAUUGGAAGGGAGAAGCAGCAAAGGGAAAAAAUACAGCGGGAAAUUAGUUUAGUGUGCAACUCAUGGACUUGUGUUACUUGCACUAUGCGAUCCUGCCUUUCUUGCUUCAAUGAAAUAUAUUAGCGGAAACGUAAUGUAAUCUGGAUUGAAAUGGUCAUUAUUAAAUGUUUACUUCAAAAACAAAAAUGGGACCACUUUGAUAAGUUAUAUGUAUGCAUGUCUUUGUAUCAGUCAAGCGAGGGGAAUAGAUAAAUGAGCGUGUUUGUGGUUGGUAAUCAGGUGGGAUAUCAACAGCCACAGUAAUUGAAGCAUCUUCAUAUGAACGUCACAAGCACAGACAUUCAAAAUUUUGAGUACUGUACAAGUGUUAUUUCAACUGCAGUGCGAAAAUAGCUUAAACUGUAAAGAAUUAAGAUCCAAAUGCUGAUAUGACACAGAAUCUUUGUCACAAGCCACUCUUGACUGAAACAUAAUUUACCAACUCUGUAGGCUCCGUUCAUGGCACGGAUGUCUCUUAUCUGGAUGAAUUUGAUGCCAAGUGUUUACAGGGGUUUGUUUUCUUUUACUGUUUAUUGACUGAGAAUAGAUAAAAUCAUGUGAUGAUAGUAGUGUUAACAGAAUGGGACCAUGUGAUUGAUAAGCUACCAACAGGUUUAUACUGUACCACAUCAAUUCCUUUCUUUGUGGCACUUGUAAACAACCAGUCUCCUAAUGGCACAUGCGUAGAUUUGAUACUAAAGGCAUUUCCACAGGCUUGACAUAGUAUUUUACUUUUAUCAUAAUUGUCGUUGAUCGUCUCAAUUACUGUACUGUUCAUAUUUUUUUGCCAUAGCUUUGGAGUGAAUUCUAUUAAAUAAUGUAUAAUAUA